AUGACGACGCAGACCAAGGCGCCACCGCAUUCUUCCAGCGCGUUGGAACUCCCUCUGCGCCGGUUCACGGUGGCCGAAUACCACGCCAUGGCCGAGGCGGGAAUUCUGACUGAGGACGACCGGGUGGAACUGCUGGAUGGAGUGAUAGUAAACAUGGCGCCCAUCGGCAGUCGCCACUUAGGCUGCGUCAAUGCUUACGUUCGCGCAUUUACUGAGGCCGUCGGGAGGCGGGCCAUCGUACAGGUUCAGAGCCCCAUUCGGUUGGACGAUGGAACUGAACCACAGCCUGAUCUUGUUCUGUUACAGGAACGGGCGGACUUUUACGCGUCGGGACAUGCCGGCCCCCAGGACGUACUGCUCGUAAUCGAGGUGGCAGAUAGCUCAGUGGACUACGACCGCGACGAGAAACUGCCCAGAUGUCGAGAUACCGGUCGAUAUCGUGAUGCCGGCUGGGCUUUCAUCCCCUGA